GGCAAGAUGGCUGCGUUAGUGGCUGGGGCUGCCCCACUGGGCAAGGGGCUGGACAUCAGCUUGGCGGCUCUCCAGCGGCACGACCCCUACAUCAGCAGCAUCUUGGACGUGGCCAGCCAGGUGGCGCUCUACACUUUCGGGCAUCGCGCCAAUGAGUGGGAGAAGACUGAUGUGGAAGGAACACUAUUUGUUUAUACAAGGUCAGCUUCCCCCAAGUACGGAUUUACCAUUAUGAAUAGGCUGAGCAUGGAAAAUCGGACAGAACCCAUAACAAAGGAUCUGGAUUUCCAGUUGCAGGAUCCUUUUCUACUCUACAGAAAUGCUAGAUUGUCCAUUUAUGGAAUUUGGUUUUAUGAUAAGGAAGAAUGCCAAAGAAUUGCAGAGCUGAUGAAAAAUUUAACUCAGCAAGAACAACUGAAAGCACAACAGGGAUCUGGCAUAGGAAUUUCACCAGUAAACCUAAGUUCAGGUGACAGCAAAGAAAUGGAUAUCUUACAGAUGCUCACCAGAGCCAAAGAUGAAUAUACAAAGUGUAAGACGUGCUCAGAACCAAAACAAAUGACCGGCUCUUCUGUGAUACACCACAAUCCCAACUUGAUCAAACCAAUUCCUCUGAAGCCCAGGGAAAGUCAGCAAGUCCAGAACAUAGAUUCUGAGCCCCAGCACCUAUCCCUAAUGACCCUCUUUGGAAAGCAGGAAAAAUUGAGCUUAUACCCAAAUACCUCAGAGCCAUCUCAGAAACUCCACCAAGACAAUUUUCCUCCGAGGCAGGGAGUUGUGCGCUCUUUGUCUUACGAGGAACCUGGAAGACACUCGCCCACAGCAGAAAAGCAGCUCUGCCCAGCCAUUCAAAAACUGAUGGUGCGUGGGGCAGAGCUUCACCCAGUCUCUGAACUCCCGGAGAACCGCCUCUGUGAGAACGGCAGUCUCCCUUCUGCAGAAGCUUUCACUGGGCUCUUCCAGCCCGUGGCUUCACCGCGCAUUAGGACCUCUCAUCCAGCCCAGAAUGCAGCCAGCACACGGAGCCUACUCCAGCAGUUGCAGGGCCAGUCCGAACAGAUGGCUAAAGUGGAAGGCAACAGCACAGGACUAGCCCAUUCAGCUGCACCAGUCUUCAGCAGGACUCCAGCCAUUUCCUCAGUGGCCCAGGUGAAGGGCGUAAUACAGCCACCCAUGAUGUACUUCAACGGCUCCCUCCCAGGCCAAACGUUGGGGGCUCAAGCUCUUGGUAAAGAACAAUCCAAGCUUCCCAGGCAGUCACUUCCUCUCUCUGGGAACCAGUCUGGAAAUUCUGGCAUAAUUUCACCUCAGGAGCUGUUGAAGAAACUGCAGAUAGUGCAACAGGAACAACAGCUGCACGUAGCCAGUCGGCCAACCUUGGCAGCUAAGUUUCCUGUAGUUACUCAGGCCACCCCCAUUCUGAAACCUUUGGAUUCGUGGAUGGAGAAGGCUUCAGCUACAGAAAAGCAGCCCCCUCUUCUUCAGGUCAUCUCACCGCAGCGGAUUCCGGCUACUGUAGUUCCAUCACUACUGAUGUCCCCAAUGGUAUUUAGUCAGAGUGCCCCACUGCUGCCAAAACCAAGUGAAAGUGGAUGGCUGCCAGCUGUGAAUCAAGAAGGUACUUCUGGAUCAGCAAACCGUCUUCUGCCUCUGCAGAACUCAGAAGCAACCAUCCCAAAUAGCAACCCAUUGACAAAGUUACAGCUACAGGAAACGCUUCUGCAUCUGAUCCAGAAUGACGAUAACUUCCUAAACAUCGUGUAUGAUGCUUAUCUGGGCAGCGUGAGAAAAGCAGCACUGAAAAAGCCCAUCUGAAGUGUAACAUUUUAAUUCGAAGUAGCCUGGCUUUCAUGUUUGGAACAGUAGCACAAAGGAAGGAGUUUUAACCUCCUGCAAGACUUUAAAUGAUGUUCAUUGGAAGCCUGUAUUGUACUAACAAAUAAGUACAUGGGAUUGAUAGUGCCUUCCUGAGGGUUUGAUUACUGUGUGCAGAUAAGAUCAAAAUACCUGGUAUUGUGAUUCCUUUUUUUUAAAAAAAGGUGUAGAUGUCCACAGGAGCCACCACUUUCAUCAAAAUGGCAAAAGCAGCAGCAUGAUGUCAUGAUGCAGGCUUCUCCACUUUCAUGCAUGCAUACCUCAUGAUGCGUGUACCCAAGGCAUGGAGCUUGGGUUGCGUCAGUGCAGCUCUGCUUUUUUCCUUUGCCCCUCACCUGGAUGCCACUGCAUUGGCCGCAUGCUGGCUUGUAUAAAGACCGAUACGAUUGCUUUGGUUUUUUCCAGUCUUUGAUGACUUCAUCUCUUUUUAAAUACAUAAUGGAUAUUAAUUAUGUGGGCCCGGCACACUUCAAAAACUAUUUCAGAGAAGUGCUUCUGACUUCAUGUGAGCAUAGCACCUCCUUGCUAUUUGUUAAAGCCAUUUCAUUUUUUUUUUCCCUCUGGCUUCUGCGAGAGCAUGAAGAAGGGAUGAUGCUUUAAGGAAAUGACUCAUCAGCUCUUAAAGCAGCAGCACCUUUUUUCUGGCUGAAAAAGUGGGGAUGCUCAGUGGAUAGGAGAGAGUUGCUGGGUUGCACAGAAUUGUUUUUGGAAUGUGCACAGCCCUGGUAUUUUGCUGGGAUUCUGUUGCUAAGUUCUUCUACUUUGAGCUAUUUAGAAAGAAUAAUACUCUUGAUUGGCCACCAGGUGGCAGAAUAGGUCUGUUUUGAAAUAUGUAGCCCUAUGAAAUCCGCUUUAAACAGAUGGUUUCUACAGUGGUAUGAGAGAUCUGCUGUGAUUUUUCUCUGUCAUCUCAGCUGCCAGGAAGUUGUUCAGAAAACAGCAACACUUACUUGAUCCUAGAUGAUUUCAUGAAGGUAGGGCUACCAUAUCUGGGCUGCACAAAUCUAGAUGAUCACAAGAGGGCAACAAACAGUUUCAUAAAACUUUAACUCUUUGAUGCUGUCUAGUGGUUAUUUGGAUUUUUGUGCCCCAAAUCUGUUAGCUCUAGUAAAGGAAAUGAGUGCAUAUAGCACAGCAGCCUUCUUAACACAUCUGGAGAAAUCUAGGCUAGACUCUAGGCAAUUCUUUCUGUCAUAUCACUUCGGUGUUUCAUAAACAGACACCAUCUGGCCCCAUCCUCUAGAACUUGGUAACUUAACUGUAGGAUGAUUUUCAUGUUUUUAGAAUGGUGUUCGUAUCAUGAGUUAGAAAAGGCAAUGGGGAGAAGGUUUGGGGCUAUCAGAUACAGGCAUCGGGAAAAAGAUACAGAAAACUUAACAGGAUUUUUCAGCCCAGAAUUGAUAGCCAUAAGAAGAUUAGGGUAAGGGUUAUUGCUGUAGUAAAUGUAUAUGCCCUGAGUCCAAGAGGCCAUAGAUAUCUAUGUCAGUUAUUCUAUGUUUUAUGGGAGCUCACCGGCUGUUGAAGUAUCUGAAAGAGGGAGUCAGUUAAGAAAAAUAAAAAAUUCCCAUCUGAACUAUGGGGUUUUGUUAAGACACUGUGUGGAUUAUGUCACCUGCAAUGAAGCCCAGAUUUAUCCACUGUCUACAAACUAUGAAAGAUGUAAGAUUGUCCCCUUUUUUAAAAGAGAAAUUGUAAAUAAGUCUUUUCUAUUUUGUGAUGACAUUAUAAAAUUAUACCUGUUUGAAGAUAAUAUUUUGUUUCCAACUGUUCUUACCUUGUGAUGACCUUCCCCAAGCUGAUGCCUUCCAUUUGUGUUAAAUUAUAACUCCCAAACUUCCCAGCCUGUACGGGGAUGUAAAGGUUGUAGUCAAAUAUAUCUGGAAGAACUGUGAGGAAGACUGAUGUAGAAAUAGGCCAACACCUGUUUGAGAUGCUUUUAAGGGAUGGUUGUAUUGUUUUAAAUUAUUCUAUUAAAAUCAAGACAAAGAAUGAAUAGUUUCAUUUUCACUGUAUUGUUCCAUGAACAGAUGGGCAGUGGUUUCAGUGAUCUAUUUGUAAAGAAAAUAAAAUGAGGAACACA